AAAAGCCAGCCACCUCGAGCUAGCUAGUAACUCACUUUGUAGAUGUAGAAGCAUUUACAGCCGUACACGCAGCUACACAUGUAGAAAUAGUUAGCUUCUUUUGGAGUAAAAGUUUGGGAAUGCGGGUGAUGAGGAAUUGACAUUUCACACUCUUUUUUAAGGACAGCCCCUGUUUGCUCCCCGCUCCGUGGAUGUGUAGAGAAAGAGCAAUGACAGACCAGUAGAGCAAAUGGAUUGACGACCAUCGAAGACAACAAGCCGAGGCUAAUGCUAGCUGCUACAGCUACAUCUCUGGAUUCUAACACGCGCACCUUUUGUGUGAAGGAUCUCAUUUUAUUUUUGGGGGGUCCUGUUCCUGCACAAGGUCCACAGCUUUUCAGCCAAACCCGCGAGUGUGUUUUUUUUGCCGCGGGGAGAGUGUUUGAGCGUGGAGGGAAGACUGUGUAGCGGCUAGUGGAGAGGACCAUCUGGGCGUCUGAGAGCCAGGGUCGGCCCGGCUGGCUGGAUUGUGUGCUUUGAUGACCCCCGCUGUGUAGCUGCCUGCUCACCAACCCCCUCCCCUUCCCCUCUGUCUCUCUUUCCCUCCCUCCCUUCCUUCUCUCUCCUCCUCUAUCUCCAUCGCAGCUCCCAGCCCAGCCAUGUUCGGGACAGAGUCUUCAUUAAGCAUGUUUCUCAACACCCUAACACCCAAGUUCUACGUGGCUCUAACAGGGACGUCCUCAUUGAUAUCAGGCCUUAUUCUGAUAUUUGAGUGGUGGUAUUUCAGGAAGUACGGCACGUCCUUCAUCGAGCAGGUAUCGGUGAGCCACCUGCGCCCUCUCCUGGGUGGAGUGGACACCAGCUCCCCCAACAACUCCAACACCAGUAACGGAGAUGCAGACUCCAACCGACAAAGUGUAUCAGGAAAAAAAAAUUCAACCAGAACCCAUCACACUCAAGAUCUACCUCUCUCUCCCAUAGAAUGUAAAGUAUGGCGAAAUCCACUGAAUUUAUUUAGAGGGGCGGAGUAUAACCGAUAUACGUGGGUGACAGGCCGAGAGCCACUCACGUACUAUGACAUGAACCUCUCGGCGCAAGACCAUCAGACCUUCUUUACGUGUGACUCAGACCACCUUCGACCAGCCGACGCCAUUAUGCAGAAGGCAUGGAGAGAGAGGAAUCCUCAGGCCCGCAUCUCUGCAGCACAUGAAGCCCUCGAACUGGAAGACUGUGCUACAGCGUAUAUCCUGCUGGCAGAGGAGGAGGCCACCACCAUUGUGGAUGCAGAGAAGCUCUUUAAACAGGCCUUGAAGGCCGGCGAGGGCUGCUACCGACGCAGCCAGCAGCUGCAACACCACGGCUCGCAGUACGAGGCCCAGCACAGAAGGGACACCAAUGUCCUAGUGUACAUUAAAAGAAGACUAUCCAUGUGCUCUAGAAAGCUGGGCCGAACAAGAGAAGCAGUCAAAAUGAUGAGAGAUUUGUGUGUUUUCCAGUUAAUGAAGGAGUUCCCUCUCCUCAGUAUGUUCAAUAUCCACGAGAACCUUCUAGAGUCGUUACUUGAGCUCCAGAACUACGCAGACGUACAGGCCGUACUGGCCAAGUACGACGAUAUUAGUUUACCCAAAUCAGCAACAAUAUGCUACACAGCUGCCUUGCUGAAAGCCAGGGCGGUAUCUGACAAGUUUUCUCCCGAGGCAGCGUCCAGACGGGGGCUGAGCACAGCGGAGAUGAACGCUGUAGAAGCCAUACACAGAGCUGUGGAGUUCAACCCUCACGUCCCUAGAUACCUCUUAGAAAUGAAAAGUUUAAUACUGCCUCCCGAGCACAUUCUGAAGCGAGGGGACAGCGAGGCCAUCGCCUACGCCUUCUUCCACCUGCAGCACUGGAAGAGAGUGGAAGGAGCUCUCAAUCUGCUGCACUGCACCUGGGAGGGCACUUUUCGAAUGAUCCCAUACCCACUGGAGAAAGGCCACCUGUUCUACCCCUACCCCAUCUGCACGGAGACUGCUGACAGAGAACUGCUACCAACAGUGUUUCACGAGGUGUCGGUGUACCCCAAGAAGGAGCUGCCCUUCUUCAUCCUCUUCACGGCCGGCCUCUGCUCCUUCACCGCCAUGCUGGCCCUCCUCACACACCAGUUCCCGGAGCUCAUGGGGGUCUUCGCUAAAGCUUUUCUCAGCACCCUGUUCGCUCCCCUCAACUUCAUCAUGGAGAAGGUGGAGAGCAUCCUGCCGUCCAGCCUGUGGCACCAGCUCACACGCAUCUGACUGGACACAUCCGGAUUGAACUAACUGACCUUUGUGCCAACAUCUUGGAAAGUGGACACACAGACAGACGGAUAGAAAGAGAUUGAUCGUGUGUGGUGACGAGAAAAAAAAAAAAAAAAAGUUGAAAUUGAUUUUGAUACAUUUUAUUUGGGGGGGGAUUUCAAUCUCAUGUAAAACCAUUUUUUGUUGUACCAAAAAAAGGUGAUCAAUUGCCAUCAUUAAAAAGUGGAAAAAAAAAUAAAAUAAAGGACCUUUUGUGUA